AUGGCCGAACCACCAUCCAAAAAAACCCGACUCGAACAAGUCCAGCAUUUCGUCCAAACGAAAUCCCAACUGAAACCCAAGAGGCCAAUCGUAUGGAUCGACUGCGAAAUGACGGGGCUCGAAGUGCUAGGCAACGACCACAUAAUUGAGAUCUGCUGCAUCAUAACCGACGGCGAGCUCAACCCCAUCGAGCCCAUCUACGAAUCAACAAUCUUUUACCCGCAAUCAACACUCGCGCAAAUGAACGAGUGGUGCACCAAGACCCAUACCGAGCUGGGCCUAAUCCAGCGCAUACUCUCGCACCCGCAUCAGACGCUUGCGAAAGUCGAGCUGGAGCUCCUUGAGUUCAUCCAGCGAUACGUCGAUGAGCCGCGCACGGCGAUCAUGGCUGGCAACACCAUCCACAUGGACAAGUUCUUCAUGAUGAAAGAUAUGCCGCGUGUGGUGGACUACUUGCACUAUAGAUUGCUUGACGUCUCCUCCAUUAUGGAGUUUGGCCGAAGGAACGCGCGCGAGUUGAUGGAGUUGGAACCGCGCAAAGCUCAUGCCCAUACUGCCAAGCUGGAUAUACUCGAGAGCAUCGCGCAGUUGAAGUGGUAUCGGCAAAACUACUUCAAGCUGAGCGACGAACGCCGUGCAGUCGUUGAGCUGCUCCAGGCGGAUAAAGGUAACCAGGUUCAAGAGAAGGCACUGUAA